AGCUGGGACUACUGGGGAAGUCCUGGCAGCCUAGCGUCUUCACGCCGGCAGCUCCGACCACCCCGCCAGUACUACAGAUUCCGCCUCUGCUUUGUGUCCAACUUCCACAAAGUAACUGGGUUCACAUCUUUACUUUCGCCUCCGCAGCUGAAAGGUAUUAUAGAAGUCCUCGUUGAUCCCCCUGGAAAAUGGCAAACCAGUGAACUCCAAAGUGUUAUACACAUCCUGUCAAACUGGAUCACCCGGUAGAUUCUCCGAGCCCUGGGUUCUCUUCAGCCAUGAGACAUGUGGCUGCGGACAACGCCCUCGAGUUAGACCAGCAGUUUGCUGGUCUAGACCUGAAUUCUUCUGAUAAUCAAAGUAAAGGGGGAAGCACGGCAAGCAAAGGCCGCUAUAUACCUCCUCAUUUAAGGAACAGAGAAGCGUCAAAAGGAUUCCAUGAUAAAGAGAGUUCAGGGUGGAGUUGUAGUAAAGAUAAGGAUGCAUAUAGCAGUUUUGGGUCUCGAGAUUCAAGAGGAAAGUCCAGUUACUACAGUGAUCGUGGAGGUGGAUCACGGGGAAGGUUUGGUGAUCGUGGUAGGAGUGACUCUGAUGGUGUUGGCAGUCGUGACAGGACUGGUUUCGGCAAAUAUGAUCGCGGUGGAUAUAGUCGAUGGUGUGACAAAUCAGAUGAAGAUGAUUGGUCAAAACCACUUCCUCCAAGUGAACGUUUAGAACAGGAACUGUUUUCUGGAGGAAACACUGGGAUUAACUUUGAGAAGUAUGAUGAUAUUCCAGUAGAGGCAACUGGCAGUAAUUGUCCUCCACAUAUUGAAAGUUUCAGCGAUGUUGAGAUGGGAGAGAUUGUCAUGGGGAACAUUGCUCUUACUCGUUAUACUCGUCCUACACCAGUACAAAAAUAUGCCAUUCCUAUUAUCAAAGAAAAAAGAGACUUGAUGGCUUGUGCCCAAACAGGGUCUGGAAAAACUGCGGCAUUUCUCCUGCCCAUCUUGAGUCAAAUUUAUACAGAUGGUCCAGGCGAGGCUUUGAAAGCAAUGAAGGAAACUGGAAGGUACGGACGCCGUAAACAGUACCCAAUCUCCUUGGUUUUAGCUCCAACAAGAGAAUUGGCAGUACAGAUCUAUGAGGAAGCCAGAAAAUUUUCAUACCGGUCUAGAGUUCGUCCUUGUGUGGUUUAUGGUGGUGCUGAUAUCGGUCACCAAAUUCGAGACUUAGAACGUGGGUGUCACUUGUUAGUAGCCACUCCAGGACGUCUAGUGGAUAUGAUGGAACGGGGAAAAAUUGGAUUAGACUUCUGCAAAUACUUAGUGUUGGACGAAGCUGAUAGGAUGCUAGACAUGGGGUUUGAACCUCAGAUACGUCGUAUAGUUGAACAAGAUACUAUGCCACCAAAAGGUGUUCGCCACACAAUGAUGUUUAGUGCUACUUUUCCUAAGGAAAUACAGAUGCUUGCUCGUGAUUUCUUGGAUGAAUAUAUCUUUCUGGCUGUAGGCAGAGUGGGCUCUACCUCUGAGAACAUCACACAGAAAGUAGUUUGGGUGGAAGAGUCUGACAAACGGUCAUUUCUGCUUGAUCUGUUAAAUGCAACAGGGAGAGAUUCUCUUACUUUGGUGUUUGUGGAGACCAAAAAGGGUGCUGAUUCUCUGGAGGAUUUCUUAUACCAUGAAGGAUAUGCUUGUACUAGUAUCCAUGGAGACCGAUCACAAAGAGAUAGAGAAGAAGCACUUCACCAGUUUCGUUCAGGAAAAAGCCCAAUUCUAGUGGCUACAGCUGUGGCUGCAAGAGGACUAGACAUUUCUAAUGUGAAACAUGUUAUCAAUUUUGAUUUGCCAAGUGAUAUUGAAGAAUAUGUACAUCGGAUUGGUCGUACAGGACGUGUAGGAAACCUUGGUCUUGCCACCUCAUUUUUUAAUGAAAGAAAUAUAAAUAUUACAAAGGAUUUAUUGGAUCUUCUCAUUGAAGCUAAACAAGAAGUCCCAUCUUGGUUAGAAAAUAUGGCUUAUGAACAUCCCUAUAAGGGUAGCAGUCGUGGACGUUCUAAGAGAUUCAGCGGAGGAUUUGGUGCCAGAGAUUAUCGACAAAGUAGCAGUUCCAGCUUUAAUAGUAGUCGUGGAAGCAGUAGCCGCAGUAGUGGAGGUAGUCAUGGCAGCAACAGAGGAUUUGGUGGAGGUGGCUAUGGAGGCUUCUACACUAGUGACGGAUAUGGAGGAAAUUAUAACUCCCAGGGGGUUGACUGGUGGGGCAACUGAACCAGCUCUGCAGCAACAUCACCCUUUCAAAUGAGCUAAUAUGGAAACCACAUGUAACUUAGACUAUAUUGUGUAGCUUUAAGAACGUGCAGUACAUUAUUAGAUGUGAUUCUCCUGAAAAUUCAUGGAAGCUCCAAGUCACAAGAAGAAAGGAACAAUAUCAACGCCAUUCAGAAGUUUGUUCAAAGACUUAAUUGCCCUACUUUGGUUUAAUACCCUUCUGCUAAUUUCCCAUCCCAAAGUGCAUUUAUAACUUUGUAACUGAGAAUCAUUUGUUAAUGUACUGUAACUUGAACUUUAGACAAUAUAUGAUGUCCUGUUGGCUCAAUAAUGGUCAAGAUAUCAAUUAUUUUAACAAAAUAAAUUACUGAACUUGGGCUAAAAUCAAGCCUCAGCAUACAGAUAUGAUAACAACUUAAUAGGAGUCAUCAAUUUAUCGAUAAAUAUUAUAGCGUUUUAAAAAAUGUAGACAAUAGCCUCUUUAGUAAUUUUUGAUAUUUGCAGGCUGGGGAGAACAUCUUAAGCAAAAUUAGUUUCUAACAUGGCAGUGUACACUGUUAAAGUUCUGACUUGCUCACUGUGCCCUGGACAAGCACUUAAAACUUAUAUAUGCCAUUCCAAUUAUGACAAGGUGGUGUUUAUGAAUACAUCUAUAUAUUUAUCAAAGCACUCUUCAAAGUUAAUGCAAGUGUAUACAACAAUUUCUCUUUUAAUACAUCUUAAUUAUAAGCUAGUCAAGUGUGUCCAUACUAUGACAGGGAAAAUUUAAGUGUUUGAUUUUUUUUAAGUGUUUUGGGGGAAUUUAGACUAGAUUAUUUUAAUGCCUGGCAUAAAUAAAAUUGAAACAGUAGAAUGGUAGACCAUGGCAGUGACUUGUCCCCUUUAUGGGCAUGGUUGGAAUUUGAUCUGUAAUGCAUGCUAGUGUUGCUGUGUUUUGGUCAAGAGGAUAUGAGCAGGUAGAAUUAUACAGCAGGCUUAAUUUAAUACAGAAAUUCACAUUACUUUCUUUAAGCUAUGUUGAAUGUUAAAAUGGCUUACACUUGUAGACUGUAAAUGUGACUAACAACAAACUGAAAUCCUUGAGAUUACACAGGUUGGGAAAAGCAUACUAAACUGUGCAAGGUGUUUUUCUGUAUAGUGUUAUUUUAGCCUUAUUUUAGUUGCAUAGAUUUCUGUUGUAUUUAUCUCUUUAUGUUAAAUUUGGCCAAAGAUGAUUGCUCAUCACUAAAAAUGCCUCCACCACUUGGGAUUUUAUGCUGAUUCUGGGGCUAGAUAUUAAUGAUCUUUACAAACUAAUCUUUAUGGUGUCUUCAGGAAGCAAAAAUUUCUGAAAAGUGCAAUAGAUUUUCAAGAAUAUUGUGCCUUGCCCUAAAACUUAUAUUAAGUAGGUGCACUUGACAGUAUUGAGGUCAUUUGUUAUGGCGCUAUUUCAGUUAGUAUAUAGGUAUGUAGAGUCUUAUACACCUUGCCCAUAAUUUUUUACAAAGUACUUAUUUUAUUGCACAUUCAGAGAAUUUUUAUAUAUACACAUAUAUACACACACAUGCACACAUAUACAACACACAUACAAGUUUUGUGUGUGUGUCCUUAAACUUCCAAUCUUUUUUUAUCUCUUGGAGAUUGUUAAAUGCAGCUUAAAAACCAGAUUCUAAAAUUUUGUUUGGACCAUGGAAUGAUAAUUGUGAUGAAGUUGUUUGCACAUGACAGAUUUUAGAUACUUUUGCUGCUAGUUUGUGUAAUAUUUAUUGAACAUUUUGACAAAUAUUUAUUUUUAUAAGCCUAAAAGUAAUUAUUUGAAAGUUUAAAGAAACUUGACCACAAGACAUAGAAAAACACUGGCACUUGAAUGUCACCAUGUGUGAAAUCAUACAUUUCAGAGUAGUGUGAGCUUUUAAUGUUGAGGCCUGUUAAACUUGAGUCAAUCAGCAUACCUGGCUUUGGCAGUGUAGCUAGUUGUUCUGGCAAAAUUGGCAAUUUAAGAUUUGCCAAGGUUUUGAUAUAUUUGUCUUAAAAUAUUAAUGAUAUAUUUUCUAAACAAUGAGAGGGAAAUUCCACAUUCCCAAACAUUUCAAGGUUGUUGUUUUUUGAGUUAAGUGUUUUGUUUGGUUUAGUUUUCACUGAUUUUGUGGCUAAUAUAUUUGCAGUCCUCAACCAUGUGGUUAUCUUUGUGUAUUGCCAUAAUCUGUGACUUUGACAUUUUUAUCAGUGAGUAAGUAAGGAUUGGUUUAAACUUACUUUGUGAAGUCCUUGAGCCUCAACAUACCAUAGGUUUGGUAGUUGCUUAUUGUUUUGGUUGUACAUGCUAGUAUUGCAUGUGCUGUGUUUAUUCUGAUUUUACUAAAAUAAAAAGUUGA